UGUGCACAGACCAUAUUUUGGUCUGUGAUGAACAAUAAAUUUUUAUUCUUGCGAGAUACUUUACGUUUACUUUUUUGGAAUAAAGUUAUUAAAAUGCCUCGCAAAAAGAAUGAUCCUAUAAGUUCCAAAGAAAAGCAGAAUAAAGGAAUCAUGAAUUUAAAUGACAAUAAUGACUUAAGCAAAUUUAAGUUUGAAAAAAGGAAAACAGUUAAAAUAGAAUUCGAAAAAGAGUCUUCAUUAGAUGAGGAAUCUAAAGGAUUAUGGGAACCAGUACAUUGGAGAAAUUUUCUUGUUAAUUUAAGGACCAUGAGAGCAAAAUGUGAUGCUCCAGUAGAUACCAUGGGAUGUCACAUGUGUACUGACUUAAAUGAAUCACCUAAGAUAAAGAGAUACCAAUCUCUUAUAUCAUUGAUGCUAUCGAGUCAGACCAAGGAUCAAGUAACAUUUGCUGCAAUGCAGAGACUUAGGGAGAGAGGUCUAUGUGUUGACAACAUACUAGCUAUGAGUGAUGAAGAACUUGGUAAAUUGAUUUAUCCUGUGGGAUUUUGGAAAACAAAAGUAAAAUAUAUUAAAAAGACAACUCAGACACUGAAAGAGAUGUAUGAUGGAGACAUCCCAGACUCAGUAGAAAAGUUGUGCAAGUUAUCAGGAGUUGGACCAAAAAUGGCACACAUUUGUAUGCUAACUGCAUGGAAUAAAACCACAGGAAUAGGAGUGGACACUCAUGUUCAUAGGAUAAGUAACAGAAUUGGUUGGGUUAAGAAGCCAACAUCCACUCCAGAAGAUACUCGGAAAGCUUUAGAAUCUUGGCUGCCUAAAGAAUUAUGGAGUGAAAUAAAUCACUUACUAGUAGGUUUUGGCCAAACAAUUUGUGUGCCAGUUGCACCAAAUUGUGAUGAAUGUUUAAAUAGAGAUAUAUGUCCAUCAAAGCAUCUGGCAAGAAAAUCUCCAAAAAAAACUCCUUCAAAAAUAAAUAUAAAUGUAAAAAAUGAAUCAACUCUUCAAUCUGAAUCAUCAAAUAUAGAUAAAGUAAAAAAAAAACUAGACAACACUUUAUUUGAAAUUAAUAAGAACAUUGUAAAGAACAUAAAAUGUAUGUCUCCAAAGCUAGAAAACUCGAAGCCAAGCCAAAGUAGUUCACGAACAGUUGGGAAAAGAAUAUCAAAAAGAAACAAGUUACCGGAACAAAUAAAAAAGUGUAAAAAGUAAAAAAUACUAUGCCAUCAUUUUAUGGUAUUUGGAUCUAAAUAGUUUCAUGUGAAGAAUAUAUGUAUGGUUUAGACAUACUAUUUUUUAUUUAGGUUAGUAUUUUUAGAUUAUAUUAAGUAUUGCCUAGUAAUUAUUAAAAACCAAUUAGGCCAUUCACAAAUAUAUCAAAAUUGCUAAUGAGGUUCAAAUUUUCUUUUGUAUUUUCAAUUAUGAUUGAUGGUAGUAAUAAUUAAGCAAAAAUUUAACUAAUGAUAAUAAUUAAUAUUUAGUUUUUUCUUAUUUACUAAUUGUAUUUUUAAUUGAAGGUAUAUUAAUAAUCAAGGGAAAAUAAAUUUAUGAUUUGUUUAA